CUUCUCCUCGUCGCGUGCUCCAUCUGCCCUGCUCUGACCUUCGGCCUCACAUCCGUCCACCGACCACGUGUGCCAAGCCAGCGACGCCUGCACUCCCACUUCUGGAACACGGCCCAUCGCAAACACCAUCUUGAAAGAUCAAGUGAACGCGCAAAACUCGGACCGUGUGCUCAUGUACAUGUAUGUUACGGCUUCAUCGACUCCUUCUUCACUUCCUCUAUGCUUGUCGCUACUACCUACGCCUGUUUCCCUGCAUGUCUCAUAUAUCAUCGUGACUGCAUCAUUCCAAUCAAUACUACUCCAUGCAUCAUAGCCACUUCCUCGUGCGCCGCUGCAUCUUGAUCGCAUGACUUGAAUUCAUAAAACUUUGUCUUUCUACUUGUGCCGCAUUUCGUCGCUUUUCCUCCUUUUUCUCUUAUCUCUCGCGUCAGGCAUCACAUCUCGCGAUUCAGCCUUCUCGUCUAUCGGCAGAGGCGCAGCACCAACACCAUAUGCCAGUAUCGAUUCUAACCAUCCCCAUCUAUCUUCUAGGAAGAACAAUCAGCAAGUAGCGUCUACUGAAACCUUUUCCAACUCCCCUCCACCUGGAUAAUCGCCCUGUCUGCCUGGCGGCCCUCCGUCGCCCCGUCAGUACCUUCUUGACAAACAUAGCCACCAAGUCUAGGCUUCUACUUUACUGUUAUACUCGCAGUCGAUAUUCCAAUCAUCAUCUUUGUGAAACCUCAACCUCGCUUGACUUUGCCAGAAUUGGCCCGAGAAGCAAGAAUCAAAGUCAUUGGCACAGGCCUACUCGGAAUGCGCACUGAAGUCGACAGAAAGGCUAGCGGUGACUCUCAGAACUCUUUUCAGGGUCUACUAUCAAAGUGUGGGAUAAUCCUACCUCUUUCUAGAAAACGACCAUCACACAGUCCUCAUCCUUCAACCAGAACACCUAUCAAGAUGGCUGCACCUGACGAUAUUAGCAAUGAAAAGGAAGCGCUCAAACAAGCUUUUAGAGAGACUCUCUCCACCCAGCAAAGGAAUUCUAAUCAAGCAGCCGAAUACAAAGAACUCCAACAAUUCAAGAAGGCCCGGGAGGAUCUAGUCAAAACCGAGGGUGACCGAUCGUGGGAUGCCGAAGCAGUACAUACUGCGAGCGAAAAAGAAAAGAGGGCUGCCGUCAUCGUUCGAGGACUUCGAGAAUUCGAAAGGCGCGUGGUUUUUGGCAAUGUCGCAUCUGAAGCGAUCCCAGGUCCCCACACACGUGACAUGGGCGGUCAAUUUCUUACCAACAAAGUCAAAAUCGAGGAGGACAGCAUUCUCUUCAAGAAAAUCGCAAAGGAGGUUCCCAAAGGUGGACUCCUGCAUCUGCACUUCAACUCUGAGCUCAAUCCAGAACGGCUUCUCGAACAAGCCCGGUCAAUGGACAAUAUGUUUGUCUGGAGCACCAGGGCUCUGCUGGAUGAGUCAGAUUUGCAACUGACCGAGAUGAUGUUCAAGGUAAUGCCCAGGCAUACCAAGAGUAACAACAUGUUCUCCAAAGACUUCAAAACGGAAAGCGAUUCGUGGAAGAAACCGGAAUGCAAUGACAAGGUGUGGAUGAGAUGGGACGAGUUCAAAGCCUCUUUCAAAGCAAAAUUCCCAGGACAAUACGUACAGAAGCACAGUGACCAGGACCAACUGAAUCUAGAUCUGGUACCCAUCGACCUCGAACCAGCCGAGAAUUGGAUUUUGCAGAAGAUGGUACUCAGCGAAGCCGAAGCAUACGCUCCCGAUCAGACAGUGAACGGAGUCUGGGCAAGAUUCAAUCAAGCCACGCGGUGUUUCAAAGGGCUAGUAAACUACAAGAAAGUAUACGAAUGGUACAUAGACCAAGCAAUCAAUCGGAUGAUUGAUGAAAAAGUCAUGUACGCUGAACUGCGGCCCAUGCUUCUUGACAAAUUCAUUCCUUCAGACAAUGGCGAGAAGAAGAUCGACAAUGCUGAGCAAAUGCAGCUCAUUCUUGACUGCGUCGCAAGUAAGAAAGCCAGACUCGAUCAAGAGGGUAAAGGUCACCUGUUUCCUUGUGGACUCAAGAUCAUCUACUGCACUCCUCGAUCUAUACCCAAAACUCUAAUGCAGAGCGAAAUGAUGGAUUGCAUCCAGCUAAAGAAGAAAUUCCCCAAUCUCAUUUGCGGCUUUGAUCUUGUCGGUGCCGAAGACCGACCAAACCAUAUCGGAUAUUACUUUGAAGAAUUGGUAGCUUUUCAAAGGAUGUGCAAACGCGAAGGCUUGGAGAUUCCUUUUCUCUUCCACGCUGGCGAAACACUGCUCGAUACAGGCGGCUCAGCAGACCCAAAAAAUUCGAACCUUUUUGACGCAGUGGCCCUGAAAUCAAAACGCAUAGGUCAUGGGUUCUCUCUAUUGAAGCACCCUCAACUUGUCGAAAAAUUCAGGAAGACAGCUGACAGUCCCGGGAUAUGUAUUGAGCUCUGUCCCAUCUCGAACGAGCUUCUUCAUUUGUGCAGAAACAUCAAAGAGCAUCCCUACCCUGAACUACUUGCUGCCGGAAUACCUUGCACUGUCAACAGUGAUAAUCCGUCUCUGUUCAGCAAUUCCAUGUCCCACGAAUUCUACCAAAUAAUGGUCGGCUCACCAACAAUCUCUGUCCAUGGUUGGAAACAGCUUGCGCUUUGGAGUCUGGAAUACAGUUGCCUAGGUCCGAAAGAGGUAAAACAGUGCAAAGGAUAUUUCAUGGACGCAUGGAACCGGUUCUGCGAUUACGUGGUGAAAGACUUUGACCAUCUAUUCAAGAUUCUGGUGAACAAGGAAGGCAUCGAGGUCCAAGAGCAAGGACCUGGGGUGAAGGAAGUCCUGGUUGAUGAGAUAAAUGAAACGAGAGCCAGACGCAUGUACGGUUUGCUGGUCGCGACGCCAUGA